UUUUAGAGCAAAGGCAGCAACAUGACACCCAACAGUCAGUUAAUCUGUAGCAAUGAGAUUAUUUUGCCAGAAUUCGAUCUGAGAAGGAAUUCUUGGAAUGACCAUUCAAAUUGUGUGCCUUGCUUAUUGAACAUCAUAUAAAGCCUGUUUAAACCUCUUAGUGCUAAAAGGACAAUGCUAAUGAUCACGUGAGCCCAGAUUAACAGGCAUUUAAACCCAAAUGAAGGCUCCCGAAAUAAGCCUGUAUUUGUUUUGAGCCAUCUUCCUUUCAAUAACUAUUAAUAGACAUCUGAGCAGCUGGUGAGCAGACGAUGAUUCAUUUGAAUAUUAUGUCAGAACGGCAGCACUGUAUUUCCAAUUUUAUAACUGCAAAAACUAUAUAAAAUAGACAACAUCAGUGAACAUAUAAAUGUAAACGCAACAAAUGCAGAAUAUUAAUUCAAAUAAAUUACCCAAGAAAAUCACGAGCCAUCUGUGUUUCUCUCUGUCUCGAUCUCCCUGAACAAACAUCCUGCAGGGAUAAAUGCAUGACUAUUUACCCACACACACACACACAAACGUAGGCCCAUGUUGUCCUGAAGGCUGACAGUGAACAACAAAGGAUCACCAGUGAACAGAAGAGACUGUUGUCCCUGGUGUGUACAUAUUUGUCUGCUUAAAUCUGUAUCAGCUGCAUGACUGUAAACAACAUUUAUCAAACCUGGAAAGACGCUAAAAGUCUGACACACUUUCCCUGUAAGAGUGCAUAACAACCUGUCACCUGCAGCUUCUGAAAAGUCACUGCUGUACGUGAGGCGACACACUUGUGUAAAAUAAGACAAGCAGAGCUGUGCUCCCUGGAACUGGUUUAAUCUGCAUGACUGAGAGAAAUGCUGGACUCUGCAUAUUAAGUGUCUCACGUCUCUUAUAUUCAGAGCAUCUGGGAGACUUUGGCUGUGCUUGAAUACAUAUGUGCAUUUUUACACACAUGUUUUUUUCAUGUGUGUGUGUACUGAAGACCAGCAGGUCAAUUUUUCAAAUGAAUAAUAUUUGCAGAUUCUAAAAUUUUCAAUGAUGGAGAAAGAUGUUGUUUUAAGGAUUUUUAACAAGGUAACUGAACGUUUUUUGUGGAAAAAAACAUGUUAGACACAAUCUCCUAAAACAUGUUUUGGAGGGGAUGUUUAACUCAUUACUUCUGUGUAUCUGUAGGUUAAGUAUGACUGCAGCAGCAGGUGUACUAACAGGCUUGGCUAAGCUAAAACGCCAAGACUCUGCCCGCUCUCAGCACCGGUCCAUACCACCUACAUCGCCAGGCCUGGGAAACCCCACCCCAGAGGCUGCUCCCAGAAAGCGGAAGCGACGUGCUGAUGUCGUCGUGGUGCGCGGCAGGCUCCGCCUCUACUCUGCCUCUGGGUUUUUCCUCCUCCUGGGACUGGUCAUCCUGGCCAUAGGGAUUGGGAUGGCAACACUGGGCUACUGGCCACACAGUGAAACCAUGUCCUCAGCCAAAACACCGACCGGAGGAGGAUCUAAGACAGCGACUCCAGGAGGAGCCAAAACAUCUGCCGUCACAGAGGGGGGCGUGGGUAACUCUAGCACAAGUCAUAAUGUUCAAGGUACACCCUCCAAGCAGACUGGGGGCGCUCUGACGCGGUUCUUGGAACAGCAUCGUCACUCCGAGAGGAUGAAGAUGCUCGGGCCCUUCACCAUGGGCAUUGGGAUUUUUAUCUUCAUCUGUGCUAAUGCCAUUCUUCAUGAGAACAGAGACAGAGAAACUAAGAUAAUCCAUAUGAGAGACAUGUACUCCACAGUCAUCGACAUCCAUCACCUCAGGCAGAGAGAACAAAAGCAACACCUUCACCGCAACAGCACUUAUGCGAGAGAAGUUGGGGAUCAUCGAGCCUUCGGCGCCGAGAAUGCCGCCGCGGUUCGGAUGGCCAGCAACUCCCUCCUCUCCUUCUCUCGGGCUGGAGGGGGAGGAGGGUCUACGGAGGAGGAGGAGGUGCUGUUAGGGGACGAGGAGUUUCACAGACACAGGGAGCAGGCUAAGUUGGAUUGUAGCUUUGCGGGACUGUUGGCGCCGCUCUACAAGGAUCGGCCCUUCUGCGGCCCGGGGCUCGGGUUGGCUCGUUCGGAUUCUGUACGCCACCAGUGGUCUGUGGAUGGAGAUGGGGAGAAGGGAGGACACCAUGCUCGCUCCAUUGUCUCCUCCUCUAUCUCUGCGUUCACUCUCCCCGUUAUAAAACUCAACAACUGCGUUAUUGACGAACCGGAGAUGGAGGCAAUUACCGAGGAGGAGAGAGGAGGAGAGAGAAGAGACGGUGAGAGGUCGCAACCUCUGAGCUCCAUGGAGUCCUUGGCGGUUCCUGUAGCAUCUGUUGCCAAGGCCUCCAAACCGCCAGGCUUACACCGGAGUAACUCCGCCUCUUCUUCAUCCCACUGCUCCUCUAUCUCCUCUACCUCCCUCUCCCCAGCUCCCUCGUCUACCUCAGGCUGCUGGCUUUCCCCAGGAGCAGCGAGGAGUGACUUUGGCUCCAACUCCUCUCUACACAUGCUCAGCAGCCACUCCAAAUCUCUGGACCUGGAGCGUAGGCCGAGCAUGCUCAGCGUGCAUCCAGAGCAGCGGAAGCACCCCAGCUGGCCCCGCCUCGACCGUAGCAACAGCAGCCGGAGUAACAGUGGCAAUCGGGGCAGCAGUAAAGGCUACAUGAGGCUGGAGGACAGGGAGGAACAAGGGGAGAGGUUGUUGGAUGUGUCACCGUCGAUGACAGUGAGGCGUGACUACAGUAAACGAGAGAAGCUGCUAAUGAUAUCAAGGUCACAUAAUAAUCUGAGCUUUGAGCAUGACGAGUUUAACAGCAGCGCGCUGAAAAGGGGCAGCUCAGAGACUCGAUUCUGAGGACGCUGAACUGAAGGUUGAAGACACUUCUGUCCUGUUCUGUAAAUUGCUCUCCAGAAAGUUUGAGUGUACAGCACGUUUGUGUCAUGGGAAACUGUCGAGUUUAACAGCUGCACCCUCAAGAGAUGAAACACAAACGUGAUUUCAAAGACACUUUUCAAGUAGCAGGUUUGGAGAGUAGUGAAUAACGGACCAUCUUGCACAGUAAAAGGUUCAGGCCUCAUGUUAGCAAGACAGUGAAUGCCAACUGUACCAGGUGCAGAGGUGCUGUUCUGUAGCUGACCCUGACCUGUUGUCUGGCAAGUGAAAAAAGAAGUUCCCUACAGGGAUCAAUAGAAAACACAUCAACAGUCUACUUUAUACAAAAAGACUUCUAAUAAAGUUUUAACAGGAUCUCAACCUGGACUCAAGGCUUUAGGACCAAUACUGUUUCAUCAGUGAUGUUGAUAGGUACGCCUCCCGCGUCUCUGAAGCGUUAAAAUCUGAAAGGACGCAGCAAACUCACUAUCAACAUGUCCAGGGGACACAAACUAUUUUCUCCCUGAUAAUGCUAAAAUUGUGAACAAAUCCGUGUUGAAAUCAUAGAAAUAAACAAAAGAAACCUCGCUGACUGCACGUUCUGUGCACUGUUAGCACACACAGUUCUUAUUAAACCUCCUUGACAACACACA